CACCCACGAAAAAGCAAACCACCGACCUCUUUCCCCUCGGUCUCUCAGAACGAAGUAGGAAGAGAAGAACGAGCUGCUUCGUCGCCGCCCGAUCAUGAUCUCCGACCCAGAUCGUCCCGUUGCGGGAUCCUCUCCUCGAUCGCUAGCGAGGCAACGAUCCGUUCAUGAUAUCUUCGGAAGUGGAAUCGUUGCGGAUGUGAUCCUUUGGAGGAGAAAGGAUGUAACAAUAGGGAUACUUGUUGGUGCACUGGCUUCUUGGGUGGUCUUUGAAGCAGCCGGAUAUACUCUGCUGUCUCUUGUUUCAAACGUUCUGCUGCUGCUGAUUUGUGUCCUCUUUGCAUGGGCGAAGGCUGCGGGAAUCCUAAACAGGCCUCCUCCACCCAUACCAGAGAUGCACCUCUCAGAAGAAAUGACACAUGAAGCUGCAGUUUUUGUUCGAUUCCACAUGAACAUGGUCCUGUCUGCUUUCAAUGAUAUUGUGCAAGGAAAAGACUCGAAACUGUUCUAUACGAUAGCUCUAUGGUUAUGGCUGAUCUCUUUUGUUGGUGGUUCGACUGAUAUCCUUACUUUGGGUUACACAAGCGUCGUAGUCAUGCUAACAGUUCCGGCGCUGUACGAGAAGCACGAAGAUGGCCUCGACAGACUCACGAAGUUUGCCUGUAAGGAGGUGCAGAUGUACGAGAGGAUCUACUCAGAGUGUCUCGGCAAAUACUUCACCAAAGCUAAGAAGUGGGCUUUGGAAAAGAAAAAACUACUCACUGAUGUAUGAUUAUAUUAGGGAAUUUUGAUUCAAGAUUUCCCCAUUUAGCACCUUAUCAAGGAGGGUUUGAGUUUAAGUCUGUAGCAUCGGAACAAACUGGCCUUCCCAGGAAGGAUUUUAAUGGAUUCCAUUUUAGGGGUGAAAGCUAUGCAUCCA